UAAGAUUUAAAAAAAAAAGUACACCCAUCCCUCCAAUCUCUGCGAGAGCGCGCGCGCGUGUGUGUGUUUGUGGAAAAGAGAUAGAAGAAGGACACAGGGGCAGGAUUCUUUUUUUUUUGUAUUUUUUUCGUCGCUGCUCUGGCCCAAAAAGGGUCUGGGGUUGUGCGUACGCACGAAAGCACGUCCCGAUUGCCGAACGGCCCCGAACCAAACGCCUCGCAAGAGUGAGCGAGAAGGAAGAGAGAGAGAGAGAGAGUGUGAGUGAGAGAGAGAGAGCGCGCGCACAAGGGCGAUCGUACACGCGGGCAAGCUGCCCGAGAGCGAGAGCGCUACUACCCGGUGCGAAAGAGAGUGCGCGCGCGAUUGAACGAGCGUGAGCGAGAGCGCGGGCCCCGAGAGCGUGCGAUGCGAGCGCGCGGGUACCGGCAGCAGCAACUAAUGAACGCCGUUCAGUGAGGCCUUAAUAAUAGUGUUUAGAAGUGGUUAAUUUCGGCUUCAACCGCUCCGCGAGGCAGGUCACAAAAUAUCGCACCAAGCAGCAGCUCUCUCGGCAGCAGCAGCGCCUCAUCAUCAACUUUUCGGGUCACCACCGUUUGGAGUGUUUGGAGUUGUUGGACGAGCGAGGCAGAAAAAAAGCCCUCCUUUCGGUGUUGUCGUCGUUGUUGCAAAUUACGUUCAAAGCAACGGCGCUUUAAAAAAAAAAUAGGUGGGCGGCAGGGGAGUAUACGUGCGUGCCUGUGUGUGCAUGUGUUUAUAUCGGUCCAUGUGUCGCCACCCGCUCAACCCGUGUGUAUGUGUUUUGUCGUAUGUGCAUUUGUUAGUGUUUUCCGGCGUGCUUCCGGUUCCGUGUGUCCUGUCCCGAUCCAGCCGACCCAAAGCUCCUUGUCGUGUCUGUGUGCGAGUGUGUGGUAGUGUUUUGCAGUGUGGCAACGGGCAAAUGUGUGUCACAGGGCGCAGCCGAAACAGGAGCUAAUAACCCACCAAUCAAACUAACAACCAAAACCACAAGUCGCCGCGAAGGAACUUUUGCCCCCAAAGCGACUGGCGGAAAGGCAGCGUACAUGUAACAUGCCGAUAAGUGUGGGCCGUAGUAGGAGUAGCAGUUUGUCAGCCCCCCGUUUAAUGUGUGCAAUUUAACGCCCCCGAAAGUGACGCGCGCACCCCCAAAACACACACACAAACGGCCACAAAAUGAUGGCAUCACCCAGCUUCAUGACGCAGUAUCACAAUCACCAGUGGAACAACGGCACAACACAAAGUCAGUUGUCAGCCUUGAACAUCCUGCCAUAUCAGUAUCCGCCGCAGCCACCGUCGGUAAGCAGCCUCGGCUCGGUCGCGUCCGUCGGUUCGGCCGGCCUGUCGCCCACGCAGUCGAUCGCGUCCUCGAGCGGGGCGGCCAGCAACAGCAGCAGCUUCAGUGCCGUCGGUGGCCCCGCCGGCGGCCCCACCCAUCACGGGCCGGCGGCCGCGAUCGCGCUCAGCACGGCAGCGGCCGGCGGUGGCUGUGGCGCCGGCUCCUCCAACACGGCCAGCCCGGACGUGACGGUAACGACGGCGGCGGCGGCGGCUGCGGCCGCUGCGGCCGCCUCGAGUGCGGCCGCCGCCUCGUACGGCUUCGGGAUGGUGCAGCAGUCCGGUGCGCUUGAGAUGACCGCACGACCGCAAGCAAUGCACUACCCGUCGUACGCAUCGUACAGCCCGGCCAGCUACUACAACAACGUCAGCAUGGCGACCAGCCCGUGGUUCGCGCAGGAAACGAUGUACGGCACGGCGGCCGGCUGGCACGGGGCCGCGGCGGACGCGUACGGCCUCAAGCUGGAGGAGUACUCGCACCAGACGCAGGCCCAGCGCCGCUGCGCCCGCUGCACCUGCCCGAACUGCAUCAACGAGCUGUCCGGGCUGCCGCCGGUCGUCGGGCCGGACGAGAAGGGCAAGCGGCAGCACAUCUGCCACAUACCGGGGUGCGAGAAAAUCUACGGCAAGACGAGCCACCUGAAGGCGCACCUCCGGUGGCACACGGGCGAGCGGCCCUUCCAGUGCAAGUGGCUGUUCUGCGGCAAGCGGUUCACGCGCUCGGACGAGCUGCAGCGCCACUUUCGCACGCACACGGGCGAGAAGCGGUUCACGUGCACGAUCUGCAGCAAGAAGUUCAUGCGCAGCGACCAUCUCGCGAAGCACGUGAAGACGCACGAGAACAAGGCGAAGAAGAUCGCCAAACGGUCGGAGAAGCUGGAGGAGGCGAAGCAGCGGCGCGAGGAAACGAAGCUAAAGUCGCUCGAAACGGCGGCGGUGGUGGUGUCGGUGGGCGCGAGGAAGCUGCCGGCGGUCGGCAGUAGUGGCAAGCUGCCGCCCGCCAAGCGACCGAAGCUCGCCGGCGCCCGCGAAGAUACGGCCCGGCGAAGGGAGGACGACGCGACGGAGAGUGGGAGCUUGGAGCAAGGGCAGCAGCAGCAGCAGCAGCAGCACCAUCACCACCAUCAUCUUCACAGCGGCCAAACGUCCGCCGCGACCAUGCUGGAGGACAUCAACGCCAACAUACGCGUACCUGAGAUCAAGUCGGAGUAUGGCACGACCGGCGGCGGCGGAGGCGGAGGCGGAGGGAUCGGUCUGCUGAAUGUCCUGACGCCGCCCCCGACCGGCAACUCGCCCACGUCGUCGAGUACGGCUGCGGCGGCCGCCGCGGCCGCUGCCGCCGCCGCCGCCGCUGCUGCCGCGUACCAGAACUACCACCACCAUCACCACCAUCACCAUCAUCAUGCGGUGGCGGCCGCCCACCACCAUCACCACGCGUCCUACUUCCAGAGUCCCUUCUUCCAGGCGAGCGCGGCCGACGGUGGUGGCCCGGGUGCGCCCGGGGGGAAGAGCCACUUUGCCAGCUACGCGGACGGUGGCAGCUUUCACGGCGGUGCAGCCGGCAACAACCUCCGGUCCGCCAUGGCGUCCUCGCUGAGCUGCGACAGCAAACCGGGCGUGACGGCGGCGAGUCAGCGAAGCGCCAGAACGACCAGCAGCAGCAACAGCAACAACAACACGAGCGGUAGCAGUAGUACCAGUAGCAGCAGCAACACCAGCAGUGCCAUCGCCGAGCUCAGCAACAGCCUGGUGAAGCUGGAGGAGUACGCCAACGGGCACGGGCUGGGCGGCAGCCGGAUCGAAGGAGGGGGCGUCGCGGCGGCCACCUCCGGAUCGGGCGAAAGCGACGGCAGCUCCAGCAACAACAACAACAACAACACCCUCAACAACCACGUACUACCUCAUGGGACGCAGCUGUACCAGUCGGCGUCCCACCACUACCAUCCUUACGCGGCAAUGAAGGCGGCCGCCGCCGGUGGAGGUGGUGGUGGUGGUGUCGGGAUGCCAUCGUCCGCCUCCUACGGAAGCAUAUCGCCGUACGAGCAGGAAGGAGGAGGAGGAGGAGGCGGUGGCGGCAGUCAACAUCACGGAUCAUCGUCGGCCUCCACCUACAACAUGAUGAUGAGCAACUACUCCCUGCACCAGCACCACCAGCACCAUCAACAGCAGCAGCAGCAGCAGCAGCAGCAACAGCAGCAACAUCAUCUUCACCAGUCUAUUGUACUGCUCGUGCGUGUGAGUGAUAGUGCAGUGAUAGCGGAUACGGGACACCCGGUUUUGUAG